GAUGGAAUUUGUAUGUGGCAUUGAUUAAUGGUGAAAAGCGGUUGUGGAAAUAUUGGAAUUUGGUAGUUAAAAUGAAGUCUUUAUGUUUGUGUGGCAAGUUGCUGGACUUAAAAAGGCCACUUGCAUGUUAAAUUUCUGCUCAAGUUUUGAUUUUUUGGUACCCCUUUUGAGUAAUAGAGGUGAAGAGCUCAGAAAGUAACCAUUUUUUAUGUUAAUUGAAUGAUGAGUCAGGUUAUUGUUUUUGGUUUUCUUUGUCAAUUUUUGUGUUCUUCGAUGGAGUUUGUGUGUGGCAUUGAUGUAAGGUUAAAAGGGGUUGUGGAAAUUGUGGAAUUUGGUAGUGAAAAUGUAGUCUUUAUUUUUGUGUUGCAAGUAGUUGUACUUUAAAGGGUACUUGCAUGUUAAAUUUAUGCUCAAUUUAUGAUCUUGUGGUUCCCCUUUUGAGUAAUAGAGGUGAAGAGCUCAGAAAGUAAUCAUUUUUGUGUUAAUUGAUUGAUGAGGCAGGUUAUUGUUUUUGGUUUUCUUUGUCAAUUUUUAUGUUGUUUGAUGGAAUUUGUGUAUGGUUAAAAGGGGUUGUGGGAAUUGUGGUUUGGUAGUAAAGAUGUAGUCUUUAUUUUUGUGUUGCAAGUUGCUGGACUUAAAGGGUACUUGCAUGUUGAAUUUCCUCUCAGUUUAUGAUAUUUUGGUACCUCUUUUGAGUGAUAGAGGUGAAGUAUUAAGAAAGAAACCAUCUUUUUAAUAAUUGAAUGAGAGAGAGAGAGAGUUUCACACUCUACAUUCUCAUUACAGUUGAAUGAUGAAUCAGGCUAGUGUUUUUGAUAAUCAUUGUCAAUUUUUAUCUUCUUUCUUGUACUGUGAUUGUGCCUAUGUGGAAUUUUUUGCAAGACACUGAUGUAUGGUUACAAGAAGGGCUUGUGGAAUUUGUGUGUGUUCGACGGAAAAAGCAGAUUUUGUAUGGCAAGUUACUGGACUCGUGCAUGUUAUAAUUGCUGCUCAAUAUUGGGUCUUUUAUAGCCCUUUUCCAAACUUUAGAGUAACAGCAGUGAAGAGAUGAACCAUCUUUUUAUGUAUUGAAUGACACACACUUCCACUCUACAUUCUCACUAUAAUUGUUUCUCUUUACUGAUGAAUCAGAAUUCAGCAUAUAGAAGUGGUUUUGCUUCUCUAGGGGUCUGGUUUGAUGAAUCAGAAACCCGUGAUGAUCAUGCUUCUAUCUCUGGUGUCUUGUGUUUUGAUGAGAAGAGGGUAUUAAAGGGCAUGGAAAGGAAAGGUGCUUUGUACAAUAUAGGUUCCAGUAUUGCAUCUAAAAGAGAAAAUGAAAUUAACCAAGAUGUCCUUGAUCUAAAGCGAAGUCAAUUUGAGGCUGGAAAAAUUCAAGCACAAAAUGAUCUUUCCACUCCAUGUGAAGAUUAUCUGUUAGAUAUUGAAUUUGCUGAAAGCAUCACAAAUCUGGAUUAUGGUUCAAGUAGAGGAUUGCUGGACCCUAUAUUAGAAAGUCAGAUUCCAUUAUCUAGUUGUGAUGGAACUGACACCUGUGGAAUGCCAUACUCUGCGGGAUUAGUUGUGCAAGAAUCUCAAAGUCAGAAUGCUAUGUUUGGCCUUACCAAUUCAGAGUUGCAUGACCUUUCUCGUGACAAGUGUGAAAGUCAGAUGCUAGUUGAGUACAAUGCUGUGAAAUUCCCUACUGCUUUCAAUCCAGGAGAUAUCAGCAAUGUGGAUGAUGUGGCAGGCUUCUUUGCUGAAGCUGCAGCUUCUGAGAAGAUGAAUGACAGCAUGAUUGACCAUUCUGCGCUAACAUCUAACGGAAUUUCUUUUAUGUCUACUGCUACACAAAAUGAGGGGCAAGAUGUAAACUGUGAAAGCUUUGAUAUGCAUGAAUCCUCUGAAAUAAGCCCUCCAGUCACUUCUGAAGCAAUAAACAUCGACACUCCUGUCACUCAAAAGCGUCUGCGUAAGCCUACACGAAGGUAUAUUGAUGAAUCGUCAAACCUUAAUGCUAAGCGUCGCAAGAAAAGAGCAGAGGUUUCUACUAGUGGUGCAGAAUCAAAGAAUAAGCUUCUCAAAGUCAGAUGUCAGAAGAAACCUCGUGCAGAGUCUAUGGAAAUGGUAUUGUUUUCUGAAGAGUCUUCUUACGAAGCUAUUCAAGUGCCUUUUGCCUCUCUCGUGAACGAAGAAUGUGAUGAUUGGGAUGCAUCUGAUGCGAUACAGGUUUUCAAACCUCACAAGGAGGAGCCUCCUCAUAAGGAGGCUACUACAGUUGUGAAUCAUAAAGAUGAUGAUGUUACACCAAAGAAGUUGGUACAAGAUGGUGUGCGGAGGAAACAUCACAGGCUCUGGACUGUUUCAGAGGUUAGAAAGUUGAUUGAUGGAGUUGCCCAAUAUGGAGUUGGAAGAUGGAGUCACAUAAAGAAGCUCUAUUUCUCAUCAUCUGUUCAUAGAACACCUGUGGAUCUCAAGGAUAAAUGGAGGAAUCUUCUUAAAGCAACUUAUCUACAGAAACAAAGCAAAUCAACGGAAAAGGGUAAACAUAACCUGUCUUGGCGACCUUUGCCAAAGUCUGUCCUGCAUCGAGUCAGUGAACUGGCGAACAUGCAUCCAUAUCCAAGAAACCGGAGGUGCAAGAGUUCCCGUUCUCCAUGUGCCUCAUCUUCUCCUGAGCAUUCUAACAGUUCUAACACCCCGUGACGACCCCACCUGUGAUAUUCCUCUCCUAUGCAUAGUUACAGGAGUAACAUCUGGUAAUAACCCGAUUUUUACGUUCAAAUAUUGGCUUUUAGCUCUCUUAUACCAACUCGCUGCAUAGUUCGUGUAUAGAGCAGCUUCAUUUCAAGUGAAAAGAAGGUUCUGUAUAAUUUUUCGUUACCUCUAGAAAUGCAAUCGUCACAUCUGUAAACUUUUUUUUUUGUAUUUCCAAUUGAUACAAGUGCUUAUGUUUCAGCAUUUUGUGUAUAUGAAGUAGUUUGUGACG